GGGAGCUGAGGUCGAGGUUGGAGCAACCCCCAUGGUGGAAGUUUUGCCUUCCGAAGCGCGGGCGGCCUCUAGCUGUGAGGUUCAGCUCUCUUCACCUCAAUUGGCUAGCUCGGUCUGGGUUCAAGGUGGUGAGGGUCAGGCCUCCCUGAAGUCGGCUAUUGCUGCGACAAAGGGCCUUAUGCCUUGGAUUGCUCAGCAUGUGCCUGAUGUCGAAUUUACUCAGGUGAUGGAUAUGCCCCCAGAGGCUGUCGCGGGCCAUAUGGCUGCUCUUUUCAAUAGGUUCGCCCCUUCCCUUGUCCGCACUCGUUGUGACAUAUCGCAGCUUAAGACGGAGUGCAAGGAGGUGGAAGCAACCUUUUUACAAAAGAGCGCUGAGUCCGAGUACUUCCAUUCUGAGAACGCCGCUUUAGUGGCUUAAACAGAGGGGUCAAAGGCCAAGCUGGAGGCCACAAGGACCGAACUGGAGGGGGCGAAGGUUUCACUCAAAGAGGCCCUAGAGAAGGGUGUUCGGUGGAAGUCUGAGAACGCCGAGCGAAGCAUACCCUGGACGUGAAUAUGAAGGAGGCCGAGGCGGCUCUUCUGAAUGCUAAGGAGGCGGGUGUGGAGGAGCUAAGGGCCUCCAAAGAAUGGGAGGAGGAGAGGGAUGCCCUUUAUAGUGCCGGGUACGAUAAAUGCCUAGAAAACAUUAAGGAGGCACACCCUGGGCUUGACUUAUUUGCAUUCGAGGCCGACCCUUUUAAAGAUUCUGCUCUGGCUGAGAGCUGAGGUCUUUUGCUUUCGAACACAUUCACCCUCCAGCCGCUCGAAUCUUUGAUGUUUUUGAAUGUACCCUUCUUUUACUUUCACCAUGUACCUUUUUAUCUUUUUUAAUGAAAAGAACAAUUUUUUA